AACCAUAGAUGGGAUUCAGAAGACUCGUUGAGAGUUUUCCUUGAAAGACAUGUCGCCAGGGACGUCUUCAAGUUCCAUGUCAGUGAACUCAAAAACAGGAAUCUUGUGUUUGAUAUUGCUCCAGUUUGUGAGCUCAGAUCCACCCUGUGAAGAAAAUGAACCGUGUAUAAAUUAUAAUGACCAUCUCCCCAGUGCCUGGCUUAUCUGGUUAUUUAUGCUGCUCUUCCCAGCUGCUCUCCUGUGCUGUGGGAUGCUUUUCUGUCUCCAAUGCUGGAUCAAGAGGACCAGCCAGGGCUCAGCAGGACGAACAGUGGCUGUAUUUGCCAUCAGUGAUUUGGAUUCCAUUUAUGAGACGGCUGUGCCUCAGAAUCCAUUUCCUAGAGUUUGUCUUCACUCUCACAGUGUGGGCCUCUGUCCUGUUUCAAACUGCAGUGCAGUGAGGCCCCCACCUUCAUAUGAGGACCUGAAGAAGACUAGCAAAUUGUUGACUGUUAUACUCUGCCCCACACUUAACGCUGGACCUCAGAGAGCCUCACAGCCAUCAGUACUCCUGGGGCCUGAGAUACCCAGCAAGGCUGCAGACUGGACAGAAAACCGUUUCCUGUACGACGCCUGCCUUCUCUGCUCCCUGAUUCCCCAGCCAUCCCCGCUGCUGACUGCCUCACCCUAUACCCACCGUGGUUCUGCCUCUUUUGCGUGUCCAUGUCUUAGAGAAGCCAAAUCUAAGUUUUUCUUCAAUUAUCCCAAGUUUUGA